UUAAUAACAUAUACAGUUGCUAUAAACAAAAAAAGAUUGCUUAUAUUUUUAUAAUUUUUAUAACUAAUACACAAGUAUAAAUUUAUAAAUAAUGAAUUCAGAAUCAGAACAAUUUACAUGCUAUUGGGAGAAUAAAUAUAACGAACAAUGUGAAUUGACUAAUGAAAUCAGUACUCAGUACAAAUUGCUAAAAUUGAAUGAAGACGUACUUAUAGCCAAACUAAAGGAAAUGACAAAACUUAAAGAAUGUGUCUUUGAUGAACUAUGCAGUUAUAAAGCUGCAUUAGAAGAAAAAAAUGACUUAGUUAAAACACUAAAUACAAAUUUGAAAUCUAUUAAAGAGGAAAAUUGUAACUUACGCAGGAAAAUUAAUAUGAAUAGUCGAUUUGGAAUGGACUGUAAAAGUACAAAUGAAAUUCUAGAUUCAAUAAAACAAUUCGAAACAAAUUCAAAAUCUGAACAGGAAAACCUAUCUACUAAAUUUAACAUCGUAUGUGAAAAAUUAUAUGAAACGAAAAUUGCGUUCUGUGAUGUAAAAAAUUCAAUAAACUGCGAUAUACUUAAUAUUGGAAAUACGGCAGAUGCAAUGAAAAAACUGUUAGAAGUAGAUAAUUGUAAAAAGAGUUUGUUAAAUCAAAAUCAACAGUUAAAAUAUAAAAAUGCCUUAAUGGAGAAAGAGUUAAUUGGCAGAAACAAGAAAAUAAAAGAACUCAAACAAAAAAAUGAUUACUAUGUUAAUAAGAUCAAUAAAAUGAAAAAAAAAUUGCUAGAUUUUAACUUAAAAAAAGAUAAUGUUUCAUGCAGUAUUAAAAAAGAAUUUAGAACAAGUUAAACAAAAAUAAAUCGUAUUUGGAGGCAAAACAACUUUUAAGACAUAUUUCAAUAAUUAUUAGUAGCUUAAUAUUGCAUUCCAGCAAUUAAAAAAGUCAUAGUUAAAUGUACUUCGGGCAUGUAUAUAUUAUAUAAUAUUCGCUUUUCAAAAGUUUCAUUUUUGAAUAUGUUUUUUUCAUUUAUUGAAUCGUUUAACUUGUUUUCAAUUCUUUUUUAAUACUGAAACAUUAUAUUUUUUUAAGUUCAAAUCUAGCAAUCGUUUUUUCACUUACUGAUCUUAUUAACAUAGUAAUCGUUUUUUUGUUUGAGUUCUUUUAUGUUUUUUGUUUCUGCCAAUUAAUUCUAUCUUCAUUAAAGAUUUUUUAUCUAUUAAUUGUUGAUUCUGAUUUAACAAACUAUUUUUACAGUUCUCUACUUUAACACUUUUUUCAUUGUAUCUACCGUAUUUUCAAUAUUAAGUAUAAUGUAGCAGUUUACUUUAUUUUAUAUUUACUUCUUUAUUAUUACAU